ACUCAAAUGCAAAAUAUCCUUUUACAAAUAUCCAAGCCGUGCCUUAAGUUAAUCCUAUUGAAUUGUGAAGAAUAUUCUUCCGUUUAGCUAAAGCUAUUAUUACAGUUUCGACAACGAACAGUAAAAAGGGGUUCUCUUAAACAGAUAAAUCACUCGUCAAAGUAACUUUUGAGGAAAUGCGUUUCCAUUUACAGUGCAUCUAUUUAUUACUGCUUUUAAUUGUUAUUGCAACGAAUGCAGUUCUGAGAAAUGUCUCGCCCCAAAAGCAUAGUCGUUCUAAGCGAGCUGUAGUGGAGACAUCCAAAUGCAAAAAGAAAAUAGAAAACGACGGCAUGGAUUUGAUUAACUACGGAAUAGAAGCACUGACUGUUGGCGAAGAAAGACCCACGGGCUUAUUCUUAGAUUCACUUAAGUUUGUCUUUACCAUCUUACAAAAUAAAAAAAAUGAAACAAAGUGGAGGAUAGCCGAUGCACUAAAGCCAAAGUACAGUCACGGAUACCAAAGUCUCCUUCGGAAAGCCAAAGACCCUAAUGAUUUAGAAAGCACACUCGUGUUCAUGUACACAGAUGAUGAUAUCUACGGGGAUUUGAACUAUGCUCUUUCCCAACACAAAUGCACAGCAAAGACUCUAGACCAAAAGGACAAAGCAUUCGCACCCUACGCUGCUGCCCUCCUCGCGACUUUACUCUAUUGGGGAGGGGUACAAGGAUAUGACGGUGUUACCUAUCGAAUGAUUGGGAAUGUCAGAGGUGAUAUCAAAAGCGCCCUCAAGCUUUAUGGAAAAGGAAACAGUGUUGUUUUCCCAGCAUUUUCAUCUUCUUCUAAUCUCAUAGAUGCGGCGUUCAACUUCAUAGAAGAUUCUUCUGACAAAAAUAUAUUGUUAAUCAUCGAUAAUUCGACCCCAAGUUUGUGGAGACCAAAGGACAUUCAGAGGUACUCAAAAUAUCGAAAUGAGGGUGAAUUUCUGUACCCAUCAGUGGCUAAAUUCAGAGUUCUGGACAAACCUGUAAAAAAAACCUACAUUCAAGGAACCUCUUACUAUGAAAUUCGUCUUCAAUUGGACGGACAAAAACUUAAAGAAAAUUUUCUACAAAAGGUACGGAGGGUUUGUCGAAUGAAUUGAUUAAAACAUAUUGAAACGCGUUAAAGAUACACUGAUUAAUGAUCUGAAUGUGAGCUAUUCGGCUGCCUAAUCUUUUCCCACCAAAUGCAGCAAAUUCGUUUUAACAUUUUGGAAAGCAGCCAAACGCCAUUCAUCGGGCAUGGCAAUUGACUAUAUUUCUAAAUAAACACAAUAAUAUAAUAACUUGUUUGUAUAUACCAAUGCAGUACCUCGUUUAAAAUGUUGUAAUUCAUAUAAAUAUUUACUCGUUUCAGAUUCAGUCUAACCAAAAAAGGAUGCAAUAGAAUUAUAAUUGUGGCACUAGCGUAUCAAUUUGCACUGUGAUUUUAAACAAUGCUCAUGUUUAUCAGCAUAUACUGCGGUUUCAUCAAUAUUCGUGGAUUUCGUUUUUAAGUUUAACCAUGAAUUUAAAUGUUCAUUGAAACGCAAUUUCUAUUAACAUUUUGUAUUGAAAGGGUCAUUGGCCACGAAUUUACGUAUCCUUGAAACUGUGAUUUUCACUUUAUCCACGAAAAUUGAUACCCUGAAUAUUAAUGAAACCACAGUCUACAUAUGAAUUACAACUUUACAAUACCUAGAUUUAGAAGAUUUUUAAAGACUCUUCAUAAUAUUUACUUUAUAUUAACACUUUGUAUAUUUUAGUUGGUAUUCAUCAGUAUUGAUAGUUAACCUUUAUCUAGACUGUGCUUUUGGAGUUGAAUAUAUACAUGUAAUUAAGAACUAAAGUUUUGUACCCUUUUUGAAUUAAAGUCUUGGACAUUUGUUAGCGUAAUGUGAAAAUGCCUAAUAAGUAUGCAACCAUAAAGAAACAAUGUGUUUACAGAGUAAAUGAUACCUGUAUGUUUAAUUAAGGGUCAUCAGACAAAUGAAGUCUCAGAAAGACCAAAAAAAAUAUACAUGUAAUCGUAAAUUUAAAUGUUUCCAUACCAAGCAAUUCUAUUUUCGCAUGGAAUAAAAAACUAUCUUUUUCCUAAUUUGGUUCUGUCUGUCAUUCAGCUAUGGUCAUGGAUCAUUUGUCAAGGAUCUUGGUUUCUUUCAGUUUUGGCAUAGGACACGGCAUAUACUAUGAGCUUGAGAUUUUAAAAUAAGGAAUAGGCUUUUUGUAACAGUAGUACGAAAACUCAUAAUAAUAUAUCAUACCUAUCUACAGUGAUUUCAUAUAGUCCCUUUCACAAUUGGCGCACGAGCACUUUGCGAUCAGAAUUUUUUGGCUUUGUACAAGCUUCCGCAUACGUUUCAAGAGCUCUCGCAUUCGUGGCAUGCGUUUUUGUGGUCGCAUUAAGUCUCCUCAAAAUAAAGGACAUGCACACUACUAGUAUUCAGACGCGAUCAAAUGCAAACAAAAUUACUGUUUUUAAAUAUCGGAAGAUUAAUCUUAGCUGUUUGUGUGUGUGUGUUGUGCGACCAUGAGACUGUUGCUCAACGUGUCUCAUGUAAUCUUGCAACGUUUUACUAUCAAUGCAAGAUUUAUCGGUUUCAGUUUCCAUGCGUUGCCACUAGUAUAUACUGGAUACAAGGUUAUUUUCGACCAGUGAUACGUUCGCUUCUUUUGACGGUUUUGCCCCAGCAAUAUUGUGGUAAAAGAGAGAUAAUAUGAGACAUUGAAAUUCGCAGGUCCUAAUCCACUAACUGACAAAAAGAGCAAAAUGAGCGAAAAAAAGACAAGGCCGAAUAGUUCCUUUUUUACAGUGAACACUGUAUAUUUAGCAUAUCUGUUUCAGGCUACAAUAGACUUUGAGUUUGGCUCUUGCUUUUGAUCUCUCCUUGGACGGUAUCUUCUCUUGCAUUCAGCUAUGUCUACUGAAGAGCGUGUGAAACGGGCGUUAUAUAUACCCCCUCUGACUCGUACAAGCAUUUUUACGAUGAAACAAUUGAUCGGACGAGCGCCGCUCUUCCAAUCGCAUUGACGCACGUUCAAUCGUCCGAUCAUCUGAACUUUAGUGCGAUCCUUUUGCAUUGUUUCACAACACUCGCAGUCAUUGUACAACAGCGGCAUAUAGACGCAAAAUAUAUAUGAAAAUUCAAUGCGUUUACAUCGCACAACGGUCGUUCUGAAUCGUGCGAGUUUCGUACGAGUACUUUUACAUAUGCGAUUAUUUUGGCAACAGUUUACGGACCAUAUCUAUUUUUUUCGGUCGCACGACCGUUUAUCGCUUCUGCUCGUCUGCCAAUUGUGAAAGGGGCUUAAAUUAUUGUUUUAUCAUUUAUUUCUGUAGAAGAAUUGUUGUCUUUGUAAUAAUAAAGUCGGCGUGAGUCAUCAUGGA